UAAUCAACUGCUGCAGGAACUGGUACACAAAACCAUAAAUUUCGAUAAACCACAAAAACACUCCGAAGCAAACAAACACCUAAAGUUGGGAGUUAAAAGGGCUAAAAAGAACAUAGAACUGGACAAGUACAUCGAAAAAUUAAUGUGGUAACACAAUCAAUGUGACUUUUUGCAACAAAAAGGAAACAAUGUCACUGCCGGAUUGGAAGGGUCUACUAAAAUGGACCCUUCAACACGUACCAGAAAAUUCCACAGGGAAUAAGAAACCUAUAUCUAAAGAGGAUGUGGAAUUCCUACAAAAAGCAAUGGAUAGCGUGCACGAUCACGAUAAAAAGGUUAAAUCAGCAGCACAACUCAUACAUGAUAUGGCCACAAAGGAGAAGAUAGACAAUGUAGAUGAACUGUUGGACGCAUUUGACACGAUGGAACAAUUCUACGAGGAACACCCGGGAAACGCGUCUUCAGUGCAUAGAACGGGGAUGCUUGAUGCAAUUGCGCAGCAUAUAAAACAAGGAAAUACAAAAAUAUUGCCCGCGGCUCUAUCGCUACUUAUAACAACCAUAUCAAACAAUGAAAAGGUGCAAGAAGAAGCUACAAAGGGGCCACUCAUGCAAAACCUAUUGGACCUAAGAGAGAAAGUGGAUAAUACAAACUUGGAGCCUAAACUCAUAACAGCCAUCGCAGCAGUGACAAGACAUUGCACAACAGCCGAAAAACACUUUGUCAAAGUCGGAGGAAUGCGCUACAUCGCACAGUGCACAGCAAAACAUAACCUAAAAGUCAAAGAAAAGGCCGCAUUGCUCAUUUACCACUUUGUUAACCUGCAGAAAUUAGAUAAAAGAGAAGCAAACAACGUACAGUUGCUCACGACCGUGAGAAAUCUUAUGCCACUAGAUGUAAAGAACCACGGUAUACAAUACGCAGAAGUUUGCGUCAACCUCUUCGCGGCAAUAGUCUCCAAAUACCCCAACAGUAUCAAUAAAAACGAUGCACUAACACUCUGGAACCAACUUGCAAAGGCAAUAGAAAACACAGAGGAAUUAGAAGCAGCAAAAGAUACACUAAAGGAAGUGCGCCAGGCAAUAAACAAACUAAGAUCGUAA